CCCUUGCGUUUGUAAUAACGCUAUUGGUAGUCUGAUUGCUGGCCUGCAAUACAGUUGUGCUGAAAUAAAUAGCAACAGUGUCUGCUGAAUCCUUCUACCCUGCAGUGGAACAGCUCUAAUCUGGACGUGCCAAGAUGAAGAUUGCUGUGAUUGGCCAGAGUCUCUUUGGACAGGAAGUGUACAAAGAACUGAAGAAGGAUGGCCACACGAUUGUUGGUGUAUUCACCAUCCCUGACAAAGAUGGAAAGGUGGACUUACUAGCGACUGAGGCAGAGAAGGAUGGCGUGCCAGUGUUCAAGUUUCCCCGCUGGAGGCUGAAGGGAAAGGCCAUCACAGAGGUGGUGGAUCAGUAUAAGGCCGUUGGUGCUGAACUGAAUGUUCUUCCUUUCUGCUCUCAAUUCAUCCCUAUGGAAGUGAUAGAUCACCCAAAACACGGGUCCAUCAUUUAUCAUCCCUCUUUACUGCCCAGACACAGAGGUGCCUCUGCCAUUAAUUGGACUCUCAUUCAUGGUGAUAAGAAGGGUGGGUUUACAAUAUUCUGGGCAGAUGAUGGACUGGACACAGGACCAAUUCUUUUACAAAGAGAAUGUGAUGUUGAGACAAAUGACAAUGUGAACAGCAUCUACAAACGCUUCCUGUUCCCAGAGGGAGUUAAAGCCAUGGUGGAGGCAGUCAGGUUAAUUGCAGCAGGUACAGCUCCGAGAAUCAAGCAACCAGAGGAAGGAGCCACAUAUGAGUGUAUUCAGAAGAAAGAAAAUUCAAAGAUUGACUGGAACCAGCCAGCAGAAGCCAUUCAUAACUGGAUCAGAGGAAAUGACAGAGUACCUGGAGCCUGGGCAGAGAUUGAUGGCAAAAAUGUUUCAUUUUAUGGGUCAACACUGUUGGAAAAUGACCAUUCUUCAAGUAAUGGUCAACCUCUGGAAAUCCCUGGAGCAAGUCGACCCGGUUUGGUUACCAAAAAUGGCCUUGUUCUUUUUGGGAAUGAUGGCAAGACGUUGCUUGUGAAGAACCUGCAGUUUGAGGAUGGGAAGAUGAUUGCAGCAUCCCAGUAUUUUAAAGCUGCUCUCAGUUCCACCGUGGAGCUCUCUGAAGACGAAAAACUAUUUGCUGAGCAGAUGAGGGUGGUGUGGAAGAGUAUUUUGACUAAUGUAGAGAAGAUUGAAGACAAUACCGACUUCUUUAAAUCUGGUGCUGCUUCGAUGGAUGUAGUCAGACUGGUGGAAGAGGUAAAGUUGAGGGCGGCACAGUUGCAGUUGCAGAAUGAAGAUGUUUACAUGGCAACAAGCUUUGAGGAGUUCAUUCAAAUGUGUGUGAGGAAGCUGAGAGGAGAGGAUGGGGAAGAAGAGUUCACUGUAGACUAUGUAGAAAAGAAACUGAACAAUAUGACAAUCCGAAUCCCACACCAGCUUUUCAUAAAUGGGGAGUUUGUAGAUGCCGAAGGGGGAAAGUCCUAUAAGACCAUUAACCCCACUGAUGGACAGGCAAUCUGUGAUGUGUCCUUAGCUCAGAUUGCAGAUGUGGAAAAGGCAGUGGCUGCAGCUAAAGAAGCAUUUGAGGAGGGAGAGUGGGGCAAGAUGAACCCCAGAGACCGUGGCAAGCUACUCUAUAAACUGGCUGAUCUGAUGGAGCAGCAUCAGGAAGAGUUGGCCACUAUUGAGAGCAUUGACUCGGGAGCAGUCUAUACUCUUGCCCUCAAAACACACAUUGGCAUGUCUGUUCAGACAUUCAGAUACUUUGCUGGCUGGUGUGACAAGAUUCAGGGCUGCACUAUUCCUAUCAACCAGGCUCGACCUAAUCGAAACCUUACCUUCACUAAGAAAGAACCAAUUGGUGUGUGUGCCAUUGUCAUUCCUUGGAAUUAUCCACUGAUGAUGCUGGCAUGGAAGACUGCAGCCUGCCUAGCAGCUGGAAACACCGUGGUGCUCAAACCUGCACAGGUCACACCUUUGACUGCUCUCAAGUUUGCUGAAUUAACUGCUUUGGCAAAGUUUCCGAAAGGCGUGGUGAACAUACUACCAGGAGCUGGGUCUCUGGUCGGUCAGCGGCUGUCUGACCACCCUGAUGUUCGAAAACUGGGCUUCACCGGCUCCACUGAGAUUGGCAAACAGAUAAUGAAAAGCUGUGCGGUCAGCAAUGUGAAGAAGGUUUCUCUUGAGUUAGGAGGAAAGUCUCCUCUCAUCAUCUUUAAUGACUGUGAUCUGGACAAGGCUGUCAGAAUGGGUAUGAGCUCUGUGUUCUUCAAUAAGGGAGAGAACUGCAUUGCAGCAGGGAGACUCUUCAUUGAGGAAUCUAUCCAUGACACUUUUGUGGAGAGAGUGGUGAGUGAAAUAAAGAAGAUGAAGAUUGGCGAUCCGCUAGACCGUUCCACAGACCAUGGCCCCCAGAACCACAAAGCCCAUCUGGACAAACUGGUGGAAUACUGUGAAAAAGGGGUCAAAGAAGGAGCAAAAUUAGUGUGUGGAGGGAAACAAGUGAACCGUCCAGGUUUCUUUUUUGAACCGACUGUGUUCACUGACGUGCAGGAUAACAUGUAUAUUGCUAUUGAGGAGUCCUUUGGGCCCGUCAUGAUCAUCUCCAAAUUCAGUAAUGGAGAUGUUGACAAAGUGCUGCAGAGGGCUAAUGCUACAGAAUAUGGUUUAGCAUCAGGUGUGUUCACACGUGACAUCAGUAAGGCUCUGUAUGUGAGCGAAAAGCUUCAGGCCGGCACUGUUUUCAUCAACACUUACAACAAGACCGAUGUGGCCGCUCCUUUUGGUGGCUUCAAACAGUCUGGCUUUGGCAAAGAUUUGGGACAAGAAGCUCUGAACGAGUAUCUAAAGACUAAAUGUGUCACUGUUGAAUACUAAUAAAAUACUGGACAUAUAAUGCACGACAUAAAAUGAUUGCAUUUUAGUGCUCUAAAGUGGUAGCUAAGGACAAUUUCAGUUUAGCUUUCAAGUAAAUUGUCAUGACUUGGUAAUUACAUUUGUUUUAUGUGUAAUGAUGGAUUGCAAUAAAAAAAAUUGAAUCAAAUCACAAGUUCCUCUUAAGGAGCUAGUUCUUAGUUUCCUAGUUUUACACAGUGUCUGUAAAUGUCUUACUGUAUAUAAGCUCAGAGAAAUCAAGGACCAUACGUCAACAUUUUUAUAAAUUAU